AUGUUCCGUCCCUCAACUCUACGCCCUGCGCUUCGCGCAUCAGCCCACACAAGAUGCGCCAUCGCUCGAACAACCCAAAGGACUCUUUUCUCCCAGCGAUCGAGCCGUCUGACCGAUGACCUCGAUGUUAAUCAGCUUAAUUCGAAGCGACGAGAUUACGAACAGAACCGCACCGCCUUUCUAGCUGCUGGUGCCAUUGCCGGCAUUGUUUCCUUCGUCUACACAGCAUGGAAGUUGAAGAAGGCCAUUGAGGCCCAAGGAGAAAAGGAGAAGGCUGCUAUCAAAUGCGAUACGGAAGUUCCGACAGAAAUCUUCAAGACUGAGGCGGGCGAAAAGCGAAAAGUGGUUAUUCACGAUGAAGAUGGGAAUGAGGUUGUUCCUACAGGCAACAAGACCGUCAAAUUGUUCCCUCGAAGGUUAGAAGUUGAAGAUGCUGGAGCGGCAGGAGACGUCGCUGGUCCAAUUGCUGCCACUGUAACGGACAAGCAUGGUACAGAGUUCACACUGGUUGGGCUGGGAACACGGACAGUGACCUUCCUUGGCAUCGAGGUGUAUGUGGUGGGCUUCUAUGUUGCUACCCAGGAUAUCGAGAAGCUCCAGCAUUAUCUGGUCAAGAAGAUUAACCCUCUAGCCACAACACUGAUUCCUUCUGAGAAGGAAGAUCUGCGCAAGGCACUCCAGGAUCCUGUCGAGGGUGAAGAGACAUGGAACUCGAUUCUGAAGGACGCUGGAUGCCGCUCAGCAUUCCGCAUCACCCCUGUUCGAGAUACUGACUUCCCUCAUAUGCGCGACGGCCUUGUGAGGGCUGUUCAAGCUCGCUCAUCACAUAAUCCGGAGUAUAACGAUGAGACAUUCGGAAAUGCUAUGAGGCAUUUCAAGAUCCUGUUCCAACGAGGUCUCGUAGCAAAGAAGAACGAACUACUUCUUGUCCGAGAUGCUGCUGGAAAGCUGACCAUCACUUACACUGAUGGCACUCGCAAGGAGUCUGUCAAGUCCACACUGGGAACUGUCGAGGAUGAGCGACUUUCAAGGCUGCUGUGGCUCAACUACCUCUCUGGUAAGAAGGUUGCGUCAGAGGAGGCCAGGAAGAACAUUAUCAAUGGCGUCAUGGAGUUUGUUGAAAGACCUGUUGGCACUGUCGCCACCCAGGUUUUGUGA